AUGAGAAUAUUAAGAUCAUACUUAUGUGAAUACACUCGUAUGAGUGCACUUACUGAACAUUCUCUUCUGUGUGACAUAAUUUUUUUACGUUCUCAUAUGAGUGCACUUACUGAACAUACUCAUGAGAAUAUUAAGAACAUACUUAUGUGA